AUGAUUCGUGGCGCUACACAGGCAAAUUUGGUGGAGUCAGGAGAAAAGGAUGUGGAACCGUCACAUGGGUUCAUUUGGGUCCAUGACUCGACGAGCACCAGACGUGGAUGGAUGGAUCAACGAGCGAUGAUCAAAGUUGGUUUGAGGUUGUACGGCUUGCCCGCCUUUGAGUACCAAAAAUGUGUAGUACUCUUGCUAGAGAAGGCAUUGAGUAGACUUCCAGAAGGUAAAGAAGAGAUACUUGGAAUAUUUGAUCUUCAAGGAUUUAGUUUGAAGAAUUCAGAUCUUAAAUUCUUGACAUUUUUGUUUGAUGUCCUGUAUUAUUAUUACCCGAGCCGACUGGGGCAAGUGCUAUUUGUUGAAGCUCCGUUUGUAUUUCAGCCAAUUUGGCAGCUUGCCAAGCCUUUAGUAAAGUCGUAUGCUUCUCUGGUACGGUUUUGCUCGGCGGAUGAUAUGAGAAAGGAGUAUUUUACAGAAUCAACACUUCCAGAAAGCUUUAGACAUUAACAACAUAUUCUGGUUUCUUCAUGUAUACAAAAAUCAUUCCAGUUAACCGAGACAACAUUCAAGACUUUGGAUUGGAUGGCACGAACACUAUGCUUCACCCUCCCUUUUUCAAUGCUUGCUUAUCCUUUU